AUAUAAGAAACUUCCUCAGAAAUUGCAGUAAACAAAUAUGCGGAUUAUAUUCGGCGGCGACAUAUUGAGCACGGUGGCUUGCGUGAGUUUUGGGAAUUGCGAAGCUUUCUGUUGAUAUCGCACGGUUUGGGCAUUAGAGCAGGUCGACAGAGACAGGAGGGACACAAAGGAGGGAGUUGUAGGAAAAGCGCAGCGCGCCGCAGGUUUGUUUGGUUGAGUGCGUUUGAUUCGUGGACGCUCAGGCUUCAUGCCGUCGAGUUGAGCACGCUUCUCUUCUGGCGACAAUACUGUGAGCAGCGUUUGCCUUGAAGAAAUCCUUUAUAUUUAGACAUGGUGAAGCAGACAAAGGCCAAAACUUUCCAGGCCUAUCUGGACUCCUGUCACCGCCGCUACAGCUGCGUCCACUGCCGUGCACACCUGGCCAACCAUGAUGACCUAAUUUCUAAGUCAUUUCAAGGCAGUCAAGGACGUGCCUACCUGUUCAAUUCUGUGGUGAAUGUGGGUUGUGGCCCAGCAGAAGAAAGGCUGCUGCUGACCGGUCUUCAUGCUGUGGCUGAUAUUUACUGCGAGAAUUGCCACACCACACUGGGCUGGAAAUAUGAGCAGGCAUUUGAGUUAAGUCAGAAGUAUAAGGAGGGGAAGUUUAUUAUUGAAUUAUCUCACAUGAUUAAGGAUAAUGGCUGGGACUGAAGCAUUCAGCCUUUGCUUUAACUUUGUCACCCCUUGCAGCUUCUCCAAGAACGUCAUGAGAUGCUUUCUUUUUUUAUAUAUAUAUCCAGCUAUGAUUUACAUUUACUAUUGUGAGCACCUUUUUCCACACUUGUAUCCCAAUGCACCAGUUUUUUAAAGGGGGGAGUCUUGGGUGAUUGGUUUUUGUGUGUUUGUGCCUUUUUAUAUGUAUUUGGAGGUGUGUGUGUGUGUGUGUGUGUGUGUGUGUGUGUGAGGCAUGCUUGAAAGAAACCGUGCUAAAAUGAUCAACUACUUAAAUCCAGUUUCAAAGAAUUUUUUUAUUUUGGGGAUUUUGACAUAAGCCCUCAAAUUCUCCAAAUUAAGUGCAAUUUAUGAGGUUUGGACAUGGUAUGAUCAAAAUGCCAAGAUCCAAUGUCUUUUUAUUCAAUUCAUUUUUACUUUAAAGAGCGAGGUCUUUGUGAACGAGGUUGUGCGAGUGAAAUUACUUUAGUGUGUGUGUGUGUGUGUGUGUGUGUGUGUGUGUAUGGGGCUUAGAGUGGAUAAUGUGCAAUACGUGUAUAUGUGAGAGAAUUUGCAUAAAGGAUGAUUCAUGCCUCCAAAUUCAGUCAUUUUGGUUGAAUUCAUCUUUUACUUUACCAAGUCACUGAGGAAUCCCAGCAGAUGAACGUGCGCGUGCGCGAGCGAAUGAACGAACAGCAGGCUUGUUGCUGUAGAGAUGUCCACAGUUGACUGACAUUCUUAAGAUGCUUCAAUUACAGCUUAUAUGAUGUAAUUGGGAUAUUAAUUUCUCUCUGUUUUGUCUUGUUUUUUGUCUAUGAGAAAUGUAAUAAGUAUAGUUUAACAUUGAGCAGCAUGUACAGAGACAUUGAUCUGAUCAUGUUAGAGCAGACAUGUAAAUGUGUUUAUGAUUGUGUAGCAAGGUAUUUCUUUGAAUGCUAAACCAUUAAAGUGUAUUACAUUAACCUGAAUUCUUUACAUUAAAGUAUGGGGUAAAUGAAAACUGUUGUGUGUUUUCUUU